UUGUUGUACUCCGGAAGCGCUGAAUAAUUACUCGACUCAGACUCUUCCCACGAGAACUUUUCGCCUCUAAUUUCGUUCUUCUGAAUUUCUACGCUGGCCCACCGCCGGUGGCCUCCACACCCUCCAUUUUUCAAAUGCCGGCUUCACAGCUGGCCGCUAAUUUAAUUUCAUACCGUCUCAAUCAUGUGGCGCGUCUAUUCAAUAUUUCAAUGCAUUUUUAACCUUUUUCGUUAUUUUUGAGUAUCAGUCCAAAUGUGUAGUCUAUAUUCAUUUUCUUUCCAAUUGGGUUUUCUUUUCAUUCGGUUGGUAAACUCCACCAGCUGCCGUGUACAGACUUUUCUUCAGAGUCAUGUGGUAAUUAUUGUCCCGGACCGUGGAAUCUUUAGGUCUUUUUGCUUACUGGGUUUCUUCAAGUACCGCCCCAGGAAUUUGGAAUUGUCAGUUGUGGAUACUGUCGGAAGAAUUUUUGCUGCCAGAUUGAGAAUCCUUGAGAUUUGCAAUAAGGUUGCCAUAAAUUAUUGGAGACCAUGAUGUGUUUUCAAUUCUACUGUGGAGAAAAGAAGGAUGAACAAAAGACUACAAAGUCUAUGUCGGUUCGGUCAUCAAAUUCCACGCUUACUGAGCUUGAGAUGAGGAGAUCUGGGUCUGAAUUCAAUUCCCAGAAUGUAUCUGAUAUGAGCACAGAGUCGGUUGGGAGGAGCACAUUCCCAAGUUUAUCUCAGAGGCCCAGCAAUCUCAGAGUAUUCACAUAUGCGGAGAUGAAGACAGCCACCAGGAAUUUUAACCGCACUACCAAAAUUGGUGAGGGCGGCUUUGGAUGUGUGUAUAAGGGUGCCAUCAAGAGUUCCGACGAUCCACAAGGAAAACUUGAUGUUGCAGUGAAACAAUUAGGAAAAAGAGGAUUGCAGGGGCACAAGGAAUGGGUGACAGAAGUGAAUGUUCUUGGGGUGGUUGAGCAUCCAAACCUUGUCAAACUAGUGGGCUACUGUGCUGAAGACGAUGAAAGAGGAAUCCAGCGGAUUCUGGUUUAUGAAUACAUGCCUAAUAAAAGUGUCGAGGACCAUUUAUCACCUAGGUCGGAGACACCUCUUCCGUGGGCCAUGAGACUGAAAAUAGCUCAAGAUGCUGCUUGUGGCCUAGCAUACCUACAUGAAGGAAUGGAUUUUCAGAUCAUCUUCAGAGAUUUCAAAUCAUCAAACAUUCUUCUGGAUGAGCAGUGGAAUGCAAAGCUGUCAGACUUUGGAUUAGCUCGAUUGGGACCCCUUGAAGGAGAAACCCAUGUCUCAACAGCGGUUGUGGGAACCUUGGGAUAUGCAGCUCCUGAAUACAUUCAGACUGGGCAUCUCACAUCCAGAAGCGAUGUAUGGAGUUAUGGGGUCUUCCUUUAUGAGCUAAUCACCGGUAGACGCCCAAUGGAUCGCAACCGCCCCAAGAACGAACAGAAACUCUUGGAUUGGGUAAGGCCACAUCUAGCCGAUUCUAAGAAAUUUCAACAGAUAUUGGACCCAAAGCUAGAAUGGAAUGGUUUGAUCAAGUCUGCUCAAAGGCUAGCCGUUGUUGCCAACCGGUGCUUGACAAGAAAUUCAAAGUCACGCCCAAAGAUGAGUGAGGUGUUGGAGAUGGUGAACCGGAUUGUGGAACCAUCACAAGAAAUAGGCUGCGGUUCUCAACCACCUGUAAGAACCAUUUGGGAAAACAAAGCAAAUGGCAAGAGAAGCAUUAUGGACAUGAGAAUGGGAGAAAGCAGUUGGCUACACCGGAUGUGGUCGUCAAAGGUUGUAAGGACAUGCUGAUUGCAAUAUGGCUUUGAGCGAGGGAGGCAACUGGGUUUUGUGGGUACUUGGAAAAAGCUUACGAGUAUUAGGCUUUGUUUGGAUCAGAGAUUUAUGGAGGGAAAAAUUAACUUCCAUCAACCACCUACUGUUUCCUUUUAUACCAUGAAGGAAAACCCCGUCAACCACUCUCUCCCCUGACCUUUGAUCCAAAGUCCAAACACAGCCUUAAGGUAGCAACUCCAAUAAAUAUGUGCAUGCUUCACAAUGCUAGACCAUUGUGCUUCCAUGUCACACUCGUACAUUACUUUGCGCCAUGACUGUUUCGGGUGGAAAACUGUUAUGGAAAGUUUUGGAGGCGUCAUAACCGAAGCAGACAGUGAUAAAAAAAGGUCGAAGCAAAUGGUGAUAGGAGUCGCUGACUGGGCCACUAUGAGCUGAAAUGGCUGGUGAGUGAAAGCAUGAAAUGUGGAGAAGAUUGUCUAAUGCCAUGUUUUUCAAGUGGAACAGUUGUGAUUCUGUGUUAUGUUAGUGGUAACAUGAGAUUUUUCUUCUUCUUAUCUUUCCUCUUCAUACAUGUACAACUGAAACUGGGAUAUGACCUGCUGUGGAAUAUUGAUGGUAUAGUAACUGACCAUUUAGCCUUCGAAUUAAUAUGCAUUAUCAUCAUUCUUCUGUU